GUUACUGUUUUUACAUCUCUCUAUAGUAAUUUCAGAAUCGAUAGAAAGGUAACCAUAUAGAUAUAUACACUUUUUUAUGAUCAAAGUUCUAAAAAAAAGUGAUUGUUGUUACGAGAGCGAUUUUCGUUUCGGACUUUUUUAUAGCCAUCUUUUUUUUGUUUGAAUAUAUGCUUUAACAUAUUAAGGACCGGAAGAAAUAUGUAAGACAUACGCCUGGGACCGCACGUUUGGUUUGUGUGAAGUUAGCGGAUGAAAGUUCAGCGGAUAAAAGUUUUUGUCGUGUGCAAGUUUCUGUUCAACGUCUUGCUGGAUUUAAUGAAUAACGAAUUAUUUCAGUUGAAAAAAAUUGAUUGUUGAACCUUCAAAAUCAUGCUCAUUGGACAGAGAAUUGAGUCAUUCAUCUUUCCACAUAAUUAAUAUUUUUCUUGAUCGUGACAGUGGAAAGUUAUAGACUGAAACGUGAGCAUGGGCCAAUAUAGGAAACUAAACAGAAUUGACAUUGACCCCUGCUCACGUUCCAGUCUAUAAUUUUUCUCUGUCACGAUCAAGAAAAAAAUUAAUUAUGUAGAAAAAUGGAUGAUUCUAUUCUCUAUCUAAUGAGCAAGAUUGUGAAAAAUGUUACUUGAUAAACAAUCAAUUUAUUUCAAUUAAAAUAAUUUAUUAUUCAUGAAAUUCAGCAAGAUGUUGAACAGAAACUUGCACGCAACAAAAACUUUUCUCCACUAAUUUCACACAAGUCCAUAAAGAAGCAACGCGGAAACGAGAAAACUCGUGAGCGGUCCUAAGUUCCAUUCGAAAAGUAUUAAGCGCAACCACCAGAUGGCGAGGAUUAUGAAUCACAGCGUCGGCGGCAACGUGUUAAUCAUUUUUAGCUAAUUUUUUACAUUUUUAUGUUGUUUACAAUUAUUUGUCACCUACCAUGUUGUAACAAUGUGGUGGUGUCUUAAUGUGAUUCAUUCGCCAAUCUAGGCAUAAUUUAAGAUCCUUUUUUUUAGUAAAAAUUUAGAAUGACCAAUUCCAAGGUGGUUAUUUUCGAUUGAUCCCUUGAAGCUGCGUUAUCGACCUUAAAAUUUACAGACGUUCGCUCGUUCCACAUCCUCACAUCUGUGAUACAUUGGUAAGGUGGUAAAGAACUCGCGAAUACCUGUUGUCAACAUGUCCUCUUCCGUAUUGCUUUAAGUACCCUCAACCUGUACAUUCUUCCGUGGCUACAUACAAGGUAGCGAACUUAAUAGCCGGUCUUCUGAAGUCUGAACAUCCGCGUUGCGAACUCGUUCAUCACGUCCAGGAUACACUCUGACGAUCCUACCUUUGAUCCUGCUCUGUUUCUCAGGCAAAAUACAGCAAUGACCAAAUUUCCGAUAUUGAUGCUUUACAUAUCUCCAACCCACUUCGAUUGUCUCGAGAUUACAGGCAAAUAUUCUUGGAUUCACAUUUCCAAAAUCUGUCCAGCACAAGCUGAACAUGCUUCCGCAGGGCGAACAGCUGAUUGAACCACUCCACUCGAACUUAACAGUAGGAAGGGAAACGGUGAAUUCGGCUCUGUUACAGCUGAAUUGCUAAAUGAGCCUAAUAAAAAAUAAACUGUUGGGAUAAAAAAAGGCCUCGUCUUCUCCACUGACCUCCGCAAAAGCCGUUGCCAAUGCUUCGUCUACCAAUCUGCUGUUUUAACUCCGCGCUGACCCCUUGGAAGUUAGUUCGUUCAGUAAAAAUAGAAGAACUGCUGACAUAGGCGGCGGGCCCAAGAACUUUAUCGUUGCUAGAAAACCGAACAAGUACUGAUGAGACCACGAAACUUGGUGAGUGUACACACCGCUACGCACAGUCGACUAAGGCCUACCUGCAUGAGUUAACCAUCUUGCGACGAAAUGUCAGAAAAGGCACCAGAGUGAAUAAAAACAGUAUAGAAAGGAGAAAAUAGAUAAACAAAAGGCAAACGGAUGAAUUGAGUUGGAUAGUUUUUGAAAGUGUAUUGAAAUUUACAGAGAAAUCGUUAGAAUUUCUAAAAGGAAUUUAUUGCCGCUGAUAGCCAAAUAACUGCUGGAUCCUGAGAGACCUGAAAAAAAGAAAAAUAUUGUAAAAUUAAUAAAGAAACUGUAAAAUGUAAGUAGAACCUGAAAAGAAAAGAAAUGAGAUUAAUUAAAUACAUAAAAUUUCAGUUUCAAGCUGCGAAACAAGAAAAUUGCUGCUUUGAAAAUUAGUUUGUUGUGACGACCCCGAACAAACUUGAAAAUUUUACAAUGGCAGAAUUGACCCUUUCACCCGAAGCUGCCGAAAAGACGGGUUACAAUUGUGCCGCUUGUGAGCGACCGGAUCACGCAGAGAAGGAUAUGGUGUUUUGUGACCAAUGUCAAAACUGGUAUCAUUUUGGAUGUGCCGGUGUAACGAAUGCGGUAAAGGACGAUUCAUCGUGGAUAUGCGGCAAGUGCAUGAAAAAUGCCGCUGGUAGUUCCGUGACGUCAGAGUUGGAGCAAGAAUUGAAAAGGCUCGAGGAAGAAAAAAGAGUCCAACAGCUAGCUAUGGAGAAGGAAAGAGUCCUGCAUAAACGGCGCCUGGAGCUGCAGCAGGAAAUGUUUCUGAUGCGAAAAAAACUGGAACAGGAGAAACGCGAAAUGGAGUUAGCCUUCGAAAAAGAGCAGUUGGAGAAGGAAAUCGCUGAGGAAGAAUCGUUCCAGAAGAAAAGUGAGCAGAUGAGAAAGGAGAUGCACGGUAAAUUGAAUAAGCUUAGACAGCAACGGAGCAAGGAUUUCGAUAGUGGUGUGAAAGAAAAAACGGAAGAAGCUGAAGGUUGUGAAGAUGAUUGCUCGAGUGACAAAGAAAAGCCGAAGCAGUCGGGACUGGAGAAAACAAAGCCAGGAAAAGCAGAAACCGAAAAAAAAAGGUCGGAAAAAGGCAAACCUGGGAAAAUGGAUCUGGUCGAGACUGGCAACGGAGAUUUUCGAGGAGCAUAUCAAAAAUACUCCACUCCAAAAACAUGUUUAGUUCCGUUGGUCACAUCGCCAUCAUUGGAGGAAAUUCCGCCUGUCGACGCGGAAUCCGUAAAAGGUGAUACACAGGAAAAGAUCGAAAGUAAGAAGAACGACGCGGUUUCAAAUGACGUGCGAGAAGCAAAUGAGGACGAUAGUGAAUCCAGCGAAUCAAAUGAGGAUCACGAAUCGGUGACAGUACAAGCUGGUCAAAACAAGCAACAAAGAUGUCGUCGAGGACCUACCAAAGCUCAGCUGUCCGCCAGGCAGUUCCUGUCGAAGAAGUUGCCGGUAUUUUCCGGAAAGUUAGAGGACUGGCCGAUGUUCAUCUGCAGCUACGAAACAUCUAGCGAGGCUUGUGGGUUUUCGAAUGUCGAGAACCUGGCUCGACUACAAGAGUGCUUGAAGGGCCAAGCAUUGGAAGCAGUUCGUAGUAGGCUCCUACUUCCAGACGCAGUUCCACAGAUCAUUGAGACUCUCCGGAUGUUGUACGGUCGCCCGCAGCACCUUCUAAAUAUGCUAUUGGUGAAGGUGAGAAAGGCUCUCCCACCGAGAGCAGAUCGUUUGAUAACGUUCAUCAAUUUCGGGAUGAUUGUCCAGCAGCUUGCAGAUCACCUGGAAGCAACGAAGCUUACUUCUCAUCUUCUGAAUCCCAUGCUGAUUCAGGAGAUUACCGAAAAGUUGCCCGCAAGUACACAACUUGAGUGGGUGCGGUAUAGAAGGAGAGACCGUGUAGUCACGAUUCGAACUUUAGCCAACUUUCUGUCCGAAAUCGUGAAAGACGCCAGCGAGGUGACGUCAUACUGUGAAGCACCUGUAGUUGUAGACCACGCCAAUCGAAAGUCCAGAGGAAAGGAUAAAGAGCACGAAGGUUUCCUCCAUGCCCACUGUGGACAAGAAAACGCCAACAAAACUCAGGCGCCGAGGGUGAGAAAGCCAUGUAUGAUUUGCGACCGUACUGAUCACCGGGUAAGAAAUUGUGUAGCCUUCCGGAACCUCUCCGUACCACAUCGUUUGGAAGCGGUGCGUAAAUGGAAGUUGUGCUCGAUGUGUCUCAAUGAGCAUGGAAAUGCCCGCUGUAAGCUGAAUUUCCGCUGUAAUGUCGGGACCUGUAGAGAGCCUCACCAUCCUUUACUCCACGCGGCAGGCCCGGAAUCGGGAUCGAACUGCAACUUUCAUUCGUUUCAACGCAAGCAAUCGGUGAUUUUUCGAAUGAUUCCGGUCACAUUGCACUGGGGAAAUCAUACAGUGAACACAGUGGCUUUCCUGGACGAGGGGUCGUCCUACACAUUGGUGGAGAAGUCGGUGGCUAGCGCUCUUAGGACGAAUGGUGUAACGCAACCACUUCGUGUGACGUGGACGGCUGGAAUGUCCCGAUUGGAAAGGAACUCGCAGAAAGUAGAACUGUAUAUUUCGGCUCGAGGUUCAAGUCGCCGGUUCCACAUAAAAGCAGCUCAUACCGUGGAUAACUUGAGGCUUCCCCAGUCGACGCUAGCCCUGACGGAAGUAGUCAAGCAGUAUCCCCAUCUUCAAGAUCUAUCCGUGGUGGAUUUCCAACAUACUGUUCCGCAAAUUCUGAUCGGACUGAAAGACGUUCACUUGUGUGCACCGUUAGAAUCACGAAUCGGGAAAGCGGAAGAGCCAAUCGCUGUGCGGUCCAAGCUUGGUUGGACCAUAUUCGGACCUGUAAGCGGUGGUGUUGAGUCGAGCAUCGUUGGUCAUCAUGCGUGCAGCAGUGUUUCGAACGAGGACCUCCACGAUCUGUUGAAGAGCCACUACACGCUAGAAGAGUCUGGCAUUUCGGUUGCGCUGCUACCGGAAAGCGAAGAGGAUAGGAGAGCGAAAGAUAUCCUGACGCAAACGACGGUAAGAGUAGGUGAUCGUUUUGAGACGGGGUUAUUAUGGAGAUAUGAUAGUCCGUGCUUCCCCGACAGCUAUCCUAUGGCUGUGAAAAGGCUCAAGAGUUUAGAGAGACGUUUAUUGAAGGACAAUGAACUGUACGAUAAAGUACGGUGCAUGGUCUCGGAGUACCUAACCAAGGGCUAUGCGCACAAAGCUUCAGAGUUGGAGCUAGCAGACACCAACCAGAGUUAAGGUGUGGUAUUUGCCAUUGAACGUGGUUAUUAAUCCGAAGAAACCGGGUAAAGUCCGCCUUGUUUGGGACGCAGCUGCGGCUGUAGCUGGGGUGUCCCUGAAUUCAAAACUCUUGAAGGG